AAAAUUUGUUUGUUUUGCCGUUGAAGGAACAUUUUCUCAGCCGAGAUGACGGAAAUCAGCGAAAAGGAGAAUGAACCACAAAACCUGCAUCGACCACAAGCGACGGUACCGAGCCAGCAGGAAUCAAAGCUGCAGCGGUUGAAGCGCUCUCUGUCCUUCAAAUCUGUCAUGCGCAGCAAAAGCAUGGACAACUUUUUCCAGCGCAGUAACGGUGAUUCACGCGCUCCGGCAGCCCUCAUCAGCGUACCUCCACCUCCAACGUCUCCUCCCUUCUCCGAAUCCCCCCUGGCCUACGAGCGUUCUCCCCCUCAGUCGCCGUCCAUCAGUCCCAACGCCUCUCUGUCGUCACACUCACCUUCCAUCAGCCCCUCACUGUCGGUGACCUCCAAAGGCCAGCCAACAUCUCAGGCCCAGCCGAUCAAGACCCACUGUUUCCAGGAGCAUGUCUUCCGUAGGCCCACCAGCUGCCAGAGGUGCAAACACAUGAUCCAAGGGAACUCCAAGCAGGGGCUUCGUUGUAAAGCGUGUAAACUGGCCGCCCACCUCUGGUGCUCUUCUGAGCUCUCUCAGCAGCCUUGUAAUGGCAAGACGGGGGCAUUCAAGAGAAACUUCAGCUCUCCUCUGCUCACCUCUGAUCAGCUGGGUGUGGUCAGAAAAACUCCUGCUGCCAAGGAGGCAGAUAAUAGCAUUGUUGACCCUGUGUAUGAGGCGCUGCGCUAUGGGACGUCGCUGGCUCAGAUGAGCCGCUCCAGCUUCGGCAGUAUCUCAGAGUCACCGUGUCACGAGGGGGAAAAACAUCAAGACAAACUAGAAAACCAGCCGAUAGCUGAAGAGGAACAAAUCCCAGGAAUGCUCACCCCUCCUGAAAGCGAGAAGGCUGAUUCAGAAGACAGGGUCAGCCUGAAGACUCCUAAGAGGGUGGAGGUUCACUCCAUCCACACCUACGUUGCUCUCUACAAGUUUUUGCCUCAGGAGAAAAACGACUUGGAGCUACAGCCUGGAGACAGAGUUCAAGUUACAGAUGACUCCAAUGAGGACUGGUGGAAGGGGAAAAGCAGAGACAAGGUGGGAUUGUUCCCAGCCAACUUUGUGCAGCGGGUCCGUCCUGGUGAGCGGGUGUGGAAGGUCACCGCCGGUUUCCAUGGCAACCGAGACAAAGGCCAGAUGACUGUGAAAGAGGCCCAGAUCUGUGUGGGUAAAAAUGAAGACAUUGAUGGUUUCCUCCGGCUGAGCAGCGGGAAGAAGAGGGGCUUGGUCCCUGUGAAGUGUCUGCUUGAAAUAUGAUGGCGGCUCUCUUCACCUCCAACCACAGUUUAAGAAAGAAGUUCACGAUGACGGAGGAACACUCAGGAGUGUUAACGCAACACCUCACUGACCGCC